CAACCACUAGAGAACAUCUUAACCACCAACAACCAAAAAUAUACCAACCAUCGCCACAAGAUGGCCCCUAUGAUGACGUCCAAUUCCCCCGCUUUGGCCUUCGGAUCACAGAAGCCAGCUUUUUCUUUCGACAUGCAAAACUCCCGUGGAAGCAACCUUUUCUCCAGUGCUAGACCAGCAGCGGCAGCAGCAGGUCCAAGGGUGCAGGCUCAACAAAUGGAAGGAAGCUGGGAUAUCAUGGGUGAUGAUGUGAGCGACGGAGUCCGUAACGACAACGACGAGGACGACGACUCUAGAGCUUUAACCUCUGAGGACGACGAACAAGAGGAAACCAUGCCCCACUCUCCCGGCGCCCCGGACGGUGGCAUCUUCGAUCAGGAGUGGCCGGAGGUCGAUGCGUUUGCCAUUGCACUAAACUCCUCAAACCUCCUCCAAUCCGCAGAUCCUAACUCGGCACAGGCUGCGACAUCCGGCUAUGACCUGAUCGAGCGAUUCAAGAAUGUAUCUGGGGCUCAACUUGACGAAGUCAAGGCUGCGCAUAUGCCAGAGCUAUCGCACGAAAGCACCUCUGAUGUUGUGCACUGGGAGCUGGAGCACCAAACUUGGGAACUAUUCGGCACCCUUUCGUCGCAUCGACUUGAAGGUAGAAUUCAAUCACAGGAUCUACCGGCAGAGCUUGCAAACAACAAGUACACAAGUAAUCAACGUCUACGACAGCAUCUUCGUGAAACCGAUGCCAAGUUCCGAGAAUGGUGUUUGAUUUUGCAAUGGUUGUGUGCGUACGCUCCGGACCCGUCGGAUCUCUUUGAUAAUAUCGAGGAGCUUGGUGGGAAGGGGGGGUGGAUGUACACCAAAGAGAGCCUAAAAGCAGAGAAACGUCUUCGCGGGAGAAGGGGGAAGGCGACUCUGGUCUUUGGUUCUCUUGGAGGCGGAAGGUCGGGCAACAAAAUCACCGAAUUAGAUCCUGACGCGCCCAGUAGACAGCGAAAACAGUUGGAGAAUGAAGAUGAGGAAUCCGAGAGAUUCCUUUUCAGGGCUAUCUGGGUGUUUCUGCGGAAGGGAGAUCUGAAGGGUGCAAAGGACCUAUGCGCUGAGAUGGGAGAAUUCUGGAGGGCCGCGAGUCUUGACGGAGGAGAGGAGGCGUGGGAUCCGAUGGUUGACGGCCAACGAUUUGACAACCAGUCAGAUGAGGAAAGCAUGGAUAUGAGUGAGAAUUCCCAACCCGAGGGAGUUACGGGCAACAGAAGGAGGGAGUUGUGGAAGAGAAUGUGUUAUGCUAUCGCGCAUCGAAGUGGUGCAGAGGACUGGGAGAAGGCAGUCUAUGGAACAUUGUGUGGAGACUUUGAAAGUGUAUGCGCUCCUGGAUCCCUCACAAUUUUGACAAGGGAAUUAUGGUUAGCUAAAAUGAGAAAAAAAACAGGUCCUUCCUGUCUGUGCAUCGUGGGAGGACCAUCUAUUUGCCCACAUGAAUUCACUUCUACGAGUUUCCCCGCCUUUGACUCGACCGCGUUCCACUCCCGCGUCGGAAGCCUCGCUGAAGAUGAAACUGUACUCUCUAGAAUUAUCGAUUACCUGGCGUCUUUAGACCAUAUUAAGGUAGAGUCGAGGGUACCCCUAAGGGUUAUCCAAGGAUCUUUAAUGUCUCUACGCUUUCAUGAACUCGUCGAUGAGCUCUAUCGUCAGUUACUCGCCUUCCGAGACAUUCCAGAUUAUGAUCCACUACACGAGGAGGAUAGCAUAGGCGUAGACGUCACAGACUGCCGGACUCUUCGAAUUGUUGUGCAUAUUUUACUUGUACUCCAACUGCUGAAUGCUGGCUUCACCGAGGAUACGCCCUUCCACGUACAGGCCGAAGCCUUGAUCGCUGCUUAUAUCGAAUUCCUUGCAGAGGCCGGUAAAGUGAAGUUGAUACCACUGUACGCAGGACAGCUUUCGCCUCAAAAAGCUAUCGAUGUCAUGGGCACCAUCCUCAACAAGAUUCGGGAAGAGCCGUUGAGGUUGGAGCUCCUAGAGUUAAUGAGGGCGCAUAACAUCGACUACGUGGGGUGUCUGAAGAAGGGGAUGGAGAUCGCGUUGGACCUGACAAAAAACCACUACGAGAGCGAGCGGCGGCAUGUGGCCACAUUAUCUGUGACCGUGGGAGAGAUACUCGAGGAAGAUAACUUGUUGAUCCAGGGGUUGGAGUGGUUGGUUCUUGGGGGCGACGAGCUGAAGGCUGAAUCGUUAAAGUGCGCGACUGUGAUAUACAAGCGGUUACUGCUUUCCGGGCGUCUGGCAGCAGCAAAGAGGGUUUCCCAGACUAUCAGGAGCACUGACCUGAUUCCUGAGGGCGAAGAUGUCAACCAUUUCGCUGCCGGGGGCAUAAUGGAAGAUGAUGAAUUCAGGGGUGUGUUCGAUAGCGAUGUUGAUCAAUGGGCUUUGGCAGUCGUGAUAGAAAUGGAAGUGUUCAUCCAAGCACUCGACGAAUUGGAAGCGUGGAAUGAGCUAUUGGGACAGAAGACAAACAGACACCACCUUGAUCGCGCGAGGAAGGCGGCACUCAGCGAGGCUUACAGCUCGACCAACCACAAGUUGGGCAAAGUGAUACGAUCCUGGCUGCACUCGACUCUCAGCACCGUGCCCCCAUUCCCUCCCCAAUCUCACAUAAUAAAGCCAUCCUCCAUUGUAGCUAUCCGAAACAUAUACAUCCCCGAGCUCACAUUUGCCCUUCACGACGUCUACAUUGAGGCGGGGAAACAUGUGAGCAAGAACUUGUUGGGAAACACACUCGAACUGGCAACCGUCGUUGCGGAUCCGAAUGGGUCUGUGCUCAAGUGCUUCACCGAGACGGCGAGGGUGGAGGAGUACUUGAGGGCACUCGGACUGGCGAGUAGGAGCGUGUUGGGGGCAUCUUCUGAGAAGAACAAUAACAAUAAAGGGUUGGGGAUUUGGAAGGUUAGAUAG